AUGAAGAUCUAUAACAAAAAUGAGCUGAAAACUGCAAGACACACUGUGAGGAAUUUUAAUAAUGAAAUUGGUGUAUAUCAAGUGGUUACCCCGUAUAACGACCAUAGAGGUGGAGGGGGAAACCACAGUCAUGAAGUGCACGUAAUUGAGCAAACAUGUGGUUGUGGAAAGUGGCAAAACUUGAAGAUCCCUUGUUCACAUGCAAUUAAAGUUCUUAAAAGUCUGCACCUCGAUGCGACCAGCUAUAUUGACCCAUGUUACAGUUUGAACAACGCCAUUCAGACAUAUUCACAUCAUUUUGUGGUGCCAAAAUCAGAGUCAUUGUGGAGGGAUGUUCGCGGACCACGGUGGGUGCCUGACCCACAACUGUUGCGGGGCAAAGGUCAUCCUGUGAAGUCAAAAUUAAGGAAUGAAAUGGAUGGGAUACGACGAGAACGGGGAAGCUGGAGGGAAGAUCCAGACUUGAGGGAGAUUCAACCAAGGCAACAAUGUGGAGUGUGUCAUCAAGAGGGGCAUAACCGCAGAUGCUGUCCCAAUUCCCAUGGGCCUUCGACAAGUGGUAGUGCUGCAAACUAG